AUGGCACUUGUAGCUCCUAAAGCUCUCCAAGGGCUGUACCUGUUUUGUGAACCUCUUGCCGAAGGAUCAUUUGGCGUGCUGUACGUUGCAAUUCACGCAGUAACACGACAGAAGGUUGCAAUCAAAAUACUGGAUAAGAGGAAGCUCGGGUCUGAUGCAUAUCGAGUCAAGGGUGAAAUAGAAGCUCUUAAACAGCUAAAUCACAAAUACAUAUACAAGUUGUAUCAGGUUGUGGAGACGCAGACACACUAUUACCUUGUUUUGGAGUAUCUUCCUGGUGGAGAGUUGUUUGAUUAUAUACUUCAGAAAGAGCACUUGUCUGAGGUUGAAGCUCGCGUCAUAUUUAGACAGAUUGUUUCAGCCAUAGGAUAUAUUCAUAGCAGAGGUUUUGCUCAUCGUGAUCUAAAACCAGAAAAUAUUCUGCUGGAUAAUGAUCAGAACGUAAGAAUAAUUGACUUUGGAUUAUGUGCAAAGGGUCAUAAUCUGUCAAUGCUAAACACAUUUUGUGGAUCAUUUGCUUACGUAGCUCCAGAAGUUUUGGCUAACAAGGAAUAUUCAGGAAGUGCUGCAGAUAUUUGGUCUUUGGGUGUCAUUCUCUACGCAUUACUUUGUGGUCGUUUACCAUUUGACCCCACAAAACCGGAAGAGCUCCCACAAAUAAUUGGUAAAGGUUUGUUUGCAGUUCCUGAUGGUCUUAGCAAAACGAGCAAACAACUUCUUAAUCAAAUGAUAUGUGUUGAUCCCAAGAAGCGUAUAAAAAUGGAUGAACUCAGACGUCACGCGUGGGUAGUUGAAGGCUUUAUGGGUCAUCCUGUGGAUCUAGAUGAAGAAAAAAUACCGUUGUCGCCUCUCAACAUGCAAAUUGUCGCUGAAAUCACUGCGUACACUCGGAUUCCAAAAGUGGAGCUUGCUCGAAUGUUGCAAAAACGUCCAUAUGAUUAUAUUAUGGCCACUUAUAUGAUAAUGGAAUCAGUUUUGGAGGAGGAGGACGUGUUUAUCCGACUCCAACGCCGCAAUAAUCCACCUCCUAGUGCAGCAGUACCAUCUAAGAAGCUUCAUACAUUUUCUUGUCGUCAAAUUCGAGAUGAAAAAUUUUCAGCUUCAGCCCCCAGUAGUACCCCACUACACCGUGGAAACGUGACUGUUCCAUCAUCGGUACCCGGAGCUCCUUUGCAUGUUAGAUCUGGCAACUUAAUUCAAGCUGCUUUUAUUGAUGAAUCCAGUACUUCUGAUUUACUUAUCGAAGCUGAUAAAAGUACCAAGCUCAAUUCAUCUUUCUCUCCAUCUAAACGUGAUAUUUUUCCAACUCAAAUAAACACAGAACUGUUCUUUUACCCUGAUAUGGUUCCAGUGAAUAAAAUGAUCCCUCAAUCUCGAGGUAAAAUUACAGAUCAUCCUGGUCUAUCUCCCAGUCGUUCCGUUGACUCUCAGCUCAUCAAUUUGACGCAUGAUUUUCACAAUGCGCACUUGACUGAAAAAAGACGUCCUAUUUCGGUAACUGAGGCUACUAGUGAGGAUAACUUAUCUACCGCUUACUCAUCGUUGUCAUCGCAAUUACAGCAUGAAAUAGCAUCUCUCCACUCAAGUCCUGGCGUCGCCGGUGAUGAUUUCUCACAAUCCCAAAGUUCAGCUGAUGAAUGUGGGACCAAUUCAAGUCGUGUUCCUGAAGUUAGUAGUUGGCGCAAUUUCGGGCGUCUACGAAAAGCUCUUACUCCAAAAAACGUCGUACCAGAUGGUCGACUUGUUGUGGAUCGGUUACGAAAAACGCGUCAUUUAAACAAUGUGUUGAUUGUACGAAACGACUUGAGUCCUGGUCAGGUGUUUGAUCAGAUAACUGCAGCGUUAAAGCAACAGUCUAUACGCUUUACUCUUAAAGGAUCUGGCUUCCUGUGCGUUUUCGCCAAUGAUUGGGGAAAAACUGUGCUGUCAUUCGAACUGGAACUGGUUUAUGUUUCAGCCAGGGCAGUCGAAGCUUCAGUUCGGCGUCGAAUGACUUUAAGGUCAACGUCACCAGCAGCCCCCAUGGUUCCUGCGCAUUCAAGUGAAAUUUCAAACCAUCCUGGGAUGGCUACCAAUACAUCGACUUCUUCUAAAGGUUCCUCCCGUCUGCCUUCAAAUUCUCGCGACCAGCAUGAUCGAAUGCUUGGAAUAAAGAUGAAACGUAUUCGUGGUGACUCAUUCAUGUACACUAGCUUAUGUCGUACUAUUCUUGACUUAGCUGGUUUGCGACCAGAAAAUUAA